CUUCUCUGGCCUUUCUCUGCAUUCCUGCCUCACAGCUGAGCUUCCAGCCAGUUGUGACUGCUCUCAGCUAUAUCUUUAUCACCGACACAGCAAAACAAGGCCAAGGAAGCCCUGACUGAGCCCUUAACUUCGCUACUUUCCCCUCCCAAUCUGGAUCCCAAUUCAGAACCCUGUAUUAAGCUAUGGCAUCAUCACAUUCAGCCCUCCUUCUGGGAGAUUCAGCUGCCUUCACUGCAGCCCUCCGGACUCUCGUCAACAACCCACGGUUCAGUGAUGUAACAUUCUUGGUUGGUGGAGAGCAGCAGGAAGUCUUUGCCCAUCGCUGCCUGCUUUCUUGUCGCUGCGAGGCUUUCCAUGCAAUGCUGAACCAGCCCCGGGAGACGCAAGCCCCACUUCUCCUGAGCCAUGUACAGCCAGAGGUGUUCCUUGCAGUCAUUGAAUACCUGUAUACUAAUUGUGUCACCCUCAACAAUGCCAUUGCUCUGGAGGUGCUGACAUCAUCCAUUGAGUAUGGACUGAAUGAUCUCAGAAAGCUAUGUGUUGAAUUCAUCAAAGAUUCACUGACUGUGGAGCAGGCCUGCGAGGCCUUACAGGCAGCAGUAGCAUAUGGGCAGAUGGAUCUCCAGAUGCAUUGCCUGGCUUUCAUUGAGAACUGUACCCGGGAGGUGGUGCACACAUGUGGCUUCUUGGAGCUGUCUGAAUUGGCCAUGCAAACUAUCUUGCAGAGUGACUGCCUGGCUAUUGAUGAGGUGGAGCUGAUUCAUGUGGUUCAAGAAUGGGCUCAUGUUGGCUCUGCUGUGCUUGGAAGUCCAGUGCGUGAUGUGGCAAAGGGAGUUGUAUCUGAGCUACGUCUAGCACUACUGUCCCCAAGUGAGCUGACUACCCUGGAGAAGGAGAAUAAAAAGGACCAAAUGAUUCCAAUAGAGAUUUUGGCUGAGGCCUGGAAGAUGCAUGCCUUAUGGAAGGGACGUGGAACGCGAUCCUGCCUGUGCCAUCGUCGGCAUGGCACAUUGCCCCGGGAACAUCAUCGGCACCUUGUCCCACAGCACAAGUGACUUGGGACACAUAGAACAGUGCUUCAGUGCCCAGCACAACGGAAA